AUGUCGAGCGCAGGCUUGCCCGACAUUCCCGCGUCGGAACAACUCGACGACUGGCAGGCGACGACACUCACCUCACUUGAACGCACCGGCGGUUGCAUCUCCCUGGUCGCCGUUUUUCUCAUAUUCAUCACCUACUACCUUGCUCCCGAAGUGCGCAAUGUACAGAAUCGCUUCAUUGCAUUCGCGAGCGUCGCCAACGUGGGCGCCAGCAUCGCCAGCAUCAUCGCCAUGGACGGGCUGAAUGCUGGCAAGGAAUCCUCUCUGUGUCAGACGCAGGCGUUCCUCUUCGAGAUGUUCAUGCAGAGCGACCCCUGGUGGUCGCUCGCCAUGGCCGUCAAUGUCUUUCUCGUCUUCUUUUUCCGCGCCAAACCAGACUCGUUCCAACGGUGGUGGUGGCUCUACUGCAUUGUCUGCUACGGGGGACCAUUUUGCAUUGCCCUGACUCUCCUGGUCAUCAGAGAUGAUGAGCGGGGCUUGGUGUAUGGUGAGGCCACUAUUUGGUGCUGGGUAGACCGUGAGUGGGACGAUAUCCGCAUUUACACGUACUACAUGCUCAUCUGGAUCUGCAUUGUCGGUUCCAUUGGCCUCUAUACUGCCGUCGGCUAUCUCGUCUGGCGCACGCGGAACAAAGUUCACUCCUUUUCCAACACUUUACUACAACACACAUCCGACGACUCAGUCAAAAACUCUCCUGACUGCCCCCCUCAUCUCCUCUCCUCGCGGCAGUUCCGGCUUGCCAGACAAUGGUCAGGGUCAUUGAAGCUGCCAGAGGUUCCGUGCGAUGGCUUCUACGGCACCGUUAUCACCGAGGUCCAGAUAUUUCACACAGCGGCCACGAUGCCGAACCCGCCCUCCGAACCGAAAAGGGCCGCCCUGCCUUCACUCGACCGCGACAGGACCAUGGCAGACACAGUCCCGACGCAGAGACAGGUGCCGACGGUGCCGAGUCAGUACUCAACCUUUGUCACAGCCACCCCUGCGCAGCCCAUGCAAAAAUCGCCCAAGGAGAAGAAGUACAUGGGUCUCCUGGCCAAAUUCGGCAUCGCUGAUCCCAUAAAGCGCGCCUAUCUACGAACGAGCGUGCUAUUCGCGAUCAGUGUCCUGGUGACCUGGAUCCCCAGCAGCAUGAACCGCAUCCACAGCUGGCGAACAGCCUCGUCGCCGUAUGGGUAUCACGUCGCUACCGCCGCUGUGCUGCCCUUGCAGGGACUCUGGAACGCCGUCAUCUUCUUCAUCACGAGCAAGAAGAUGCUUCGCAACGCGUGGCGCCGCUGGCGAGAUGAGCGCAACGGCGUGUCGCAGCACCUGGAUGCGCGGCUGGAGCAGAUCGCCAGCAACAUGGCCCGGCGACAGCGGGAUGAAGAGGAAAGCAGCGACGACGGCGAGAUGGGCACGAUGAGCAGCGAUGUGGAGCUGAGAGGAAUGACUGACUCCACGAAAAAGAGCUCCGAUAGAUUCUGA